AUGGCUGGUCGGUUGUUUUCACCGCUGAUAAACAGAUUUCGAAGAAGAGGAAUGAACGGCAACGAACGCCUGCUGGAAGACGACACGUGCACAGAAAUCUCUCUUGGCGAUUUUUCUACAAAUCUUACCUUUCUGCCUCAAAGAGAUCACGCAUCGACGAGUAGCAACGUUAACAGUACAGAAAACAAUUAUGCCGCAGUGGUAGGUGAUCAACACCUCGAGGAUAACCGAGUAUCGAAUGAAAACAUUGCGACUACAAGUCCCGCAAUGACGGUGCAAUUUACACAUUUGCAGUCUCCGAGGCGAAAAAUAUUUCACUUUCUUGGGGUCACACUGACAAUUUUUAGUUCCUUACUGUUGUCUGUAUCUUCUUUGUUGAUUAAACUUGCAGAAAGCAUUCCUACCUUGCAAACCGUUUUCAUCAGAUUAACAUUACAACUCGUGUUCUCUCUCCCAGCCAUGAUAUUUUUGAAGGACCAGUUCAUUCAUCCGUGGAAGAAAACGAGAUUUCUUAUCCUCCGUGGUGUGACUGGAGUUACAGCUAUGAGUUUGAUGGUUUAUUCGGUAAAGCACAUGCCACUGGCAGAUGCGAGGGUGAUAUUUUAUACAUCUCCAGUUUAUACAGCGCUUUUGGGUAGGAUCUUCCUCAAAGAAUCUGUAAGCAAGUUUGAUUUCAUAGCUACAUUGCUUGGUUUAGUAGGCGUUGUGUUAAUUGGAAGGCCAUCGUUUCUUUUCGGCUCUUUAGGGAAAAGUUUCGCCUCUAGCAAUAUCUGGUUGCCCACUGUUCUUGCAGUUCUCUCAGCAAUAUUUUUUUCGCUGGCUAUUAUUUUGGUACGGAAGAUGUCUCAGGAAGUUAGCACAAGAGUAGUUGUAUUUUAUUUUGCUCUUGUAGGAUCUGUCAGUAGCCUGUUGGUAUCACUGAUUUCUGGAGAAUUUAAAUACCCUGACUGUGGAACUCAUGAUGUUGUUUAUGUCAUUAUCGCAGGUACGCUCGGCUAUUUUGGGCAGUUAUUGUCAACCAAGGCAUGUCAACUGGAAAAAGCUAGUGUAGUCACUUUGGUUCGCACAACUGGAAUUGCUUUCUCUUUUAUCCUUCAGUUAAUAUUCUUAAACGUCACUCCAAAUGGACUGAGUAUUGGAGGCGCAAUUCUCAUUCUUCUUUGUAAUGUGGUUAUUUUCAUCAAGAAAUUGUUAAAUCAUAAAAAGGAACAAAAUUAA